AUGGCUUCUCAAGGCCCAGUUAAUAAAACCACGCAAGAUCUUCUUCCAGGUUCUCUGCAGAUGUCUGAGCAAUCAAAGCCUUCAGAAACAACCAUAAUCUGGAAACAAACCCAGCUUCCAUCUGGUUUUCCACCUGGUUUGGAAUACUUAAGACAGUUGGAUCAGAUCAUUAUUCACCAGCAAGUGGAACUUCUUCAAGUUAUACUCGGAACUGAAACCUGCAGUAAAUAUGAGAUAAAAAAUCACAUGGGGCAAAGAGUUUAUUUUGCUGUGGAAGAAAACGGCUUCUUUGAUCGGAAUUUCUGUGCACCAUUACGGUCUUUCACCAUAAGAAUCACAGACAAUACUGGUCAAGAGGUGAUCACUGUGAACAGACCAUUAAGAUGUAGUAGCUGCUGGUUUCCAUGCUAUCUUCAACAGUUAGAAGUUCAGUCACCUCCUGGAACCACAAUUGGCUACAUUGUGCAGAAAUGGGACCCCUUGCUACCAAUAUUUACAAUCAGGAAUGGGAAUAAUGAAGAUGUGUUGAAGAUCACAGGUCCUUACAUCACAUGCGGUUGCUUUGGAGAUGUUGAUUUUGAGGUAAAAACUGUAAAUGAUAUGUCAACUAUUGGCAAAAUUUCUAAGUAUUGGUCUGGAUUCGUCAAUAACAUAUUUACUAAUACGGCCAACUUUGGCAUUCAGAUUCCUGUGGACCUUGAUGUAAAAAUCAAAGCUGUGAUGAUCGGUGCUUGUUUUCUCCUAGACUUAAUGUUCUUUGAGAAUUCCUUGGAUGGGUUGUAA